CUGCAGUGCGGUUGGUUUCGGGUUUGUUUACGUGCAUGUGUACGUCUUGUUUAAAAGUUUAAUGAUUGUAAAAUUUCUUUUCUUUUAAGAGCAUUGCUGCAAACUAUUCCCGAUGGCCUCUCAGGUUUUCAAAGCUGCAAAAUGUCCGACUGAAGAUUUAUCAUUUUCAAACUGUGCAAUUGUGAAUGAAAAUGAUUUUCCAUUGGAUAAAGUUAGGCAUGUGGAAAUCACUACAGCAACAAAUCGAAAAUUUGUUUUUACUCUUAAAGGAUAUAAAGGAUAUCCAUCUGGUCAGAUUGGCUUCAAUUUGCCAAUGAGAAAAUGGGCUGAAUUGUCAAUUGGUCAGACUUUAGAUGUGAGACCUUACACAUUUGAUCCCAAUGUGCAAUAUAUUGCUAAAAUAACACUUGAAGUUGAUUUCUUGGAACGCAAAACAACAAUAGAACCAUAUGACACCGACAAGAUGGCAGCAGAUUUUCUGUCAAGCUUUGCAAAACAAGCUUUUACUGUUGGACAAACUCUGGCUUAUAACUUUCGAGACAUGAAGUACUUGAAAUUGAUUGUGAAGGAAAUGGAAGUUGCAAGUAUUGAACAGAUUACUGGGAAUGGAAAAUCAGCUGGAAAAAGAACUACAACAGUUGGUUUAUUGUUGCCAGAUUCAAUGGUGAUGUUUGAGAAAGUUGAAGGAUCUGCUGUAAAUCUAGUUGGACAAGCUAAAGGGAAAACAGCUCGACAGUCAAUAAUAAAUCCUGAUUGGGAUUUUCAAAAGAUGGGAAUAGGUGGCUUAGAUAAUGAAUUCAAUGCCAUUUUCAGACGAGCUUUUGCUUCCCGAGUUUUCCCUCCAGAAUUUGUUCAGCAACUUGGUUUGAAGCAUGUUAGAGGUAUCCUAUUAUUUGGGCCACCUGGCACUGGUAAAACUUUAAUGGCUAGACAGAUUGGUCAGAUGUUAAAUGCACGAGAACCUAAAAUUGUGAAUGGACCUCAAAUUUUAGACAAAUACGUUGGAGAAUCAGAAGCCAAUAUCCGAAGGUUGUUUGCGGAUGCUGAAGAAGAAGAGAAGAGACUAGGACCUAACAGUGGGCUUCAUAUUAUUAUAUUUGAUGAGAUUGAUGCCAUUUGUAAAGCUAGAGGCUCGGUUGCUGGCAGUUCUGCUGUUCAUGAUACAGUUGUAAAUCAAUUGUUAGCAAAGAUAGAUGGUGUUGAAUCAUUAAAUAAUAUCUUAGUUAUUGGUAUGACAAACAGAAAAGACAUGAUUGAUGAAGCAUUAUUGAGACCUGGCAGAUUAGAAGUCCAAAUGGAAAUAGGGCUUCCGGAUGAAAAAGGAAGGUUACAAAUUAUAAAUAUUCAUACUUGUCGAAUGAAAGCGCACAAUAAAAUGGCACAGGAUGUGGAUUUGGAAGAAUUAGCUACUUUAACAAAGAAUUUUUCUGGUGCGGAAAUAGAAGGUUUAGUACGAGCUGCUCAAUCUACAGCUAUGAAUAGAUUAAUCAAGGCAUCCAGUAAAGUUGAAAUUGACCCUGAGGCAACAGAAAAAAUUAAAGUUACUCGAGCAGAUUUCAUGCAUGCACUUGAAUACGACAUCAAACCUGCCUUUGGAACUAGUGCAGAACAAAUUGAGAGGCUAAUUUCCCAAGGAUUUAUUACAUGGGGACCGCCAGUUGCCGAUAUAAUGGAAGAUGGAGAACUUUUAAUUCAGCAGGCACGUUGUCCUGAUACAAGAGGGUUGGUUAGUGUUCUUUUAGAAGGUCCACCCAAUAGCGGAAAAACUACUUUAGGGGCAAAACUUGCCUUGAAAUCUGAUUUCCCUUUUGUAAAGUUGUGCAGUCCAGAAGAUAUGGUUGGUUAUACAGAGACUGCCAAAUGUCAGAUGAUUAAAAAAAUUUUCGAUGAUGCAUACAAGUCACAUUUCAGCUGCAUACUAGUUGACAGCAUUGAAAGGUUGUUAGACUAUGGUGCAAUUGGUCCUCGAUACUCAAAUCUAGUGUUACAAGCUCUUUUAGUACUGUUGAAAAAAGAACCUCCUAAGGGGAGAAAGUUGCUGGUAAUUUGUACGAGCAGUAGAAGGCAAGUUUUGGAAGAAAUGGAGUUGGUUUCUGCAUUUACCACGGUACUUCGUGUUCCUAACCUCAGCAGUCCAGAACAUUUAAUGACUGUCCUGGAAGAAACAGAUUGCUUUCGAAAGGAAGAACUGGCAAAAAUUGCAAGAAAGACUGAAGGUCGAAGAAUAUGGGUUGGAAUUAAGAAACUACUUGCUUACAUUGAUUUAGCUCGUCAGACUGAUAUGGAACACAGAGUUAUAAAAUUCCUAUCAAAGUUGGAAGAUGAAAACUGUCUUGAAGGAAUAUAAGUGAUAAUAUUUUAGUCAUCUGAAAGCAUCGAAUAUGUAUUUAUUUCUGAUAACAGAUUAUAUUUCUUGAAACAUUCCUUUGCUUAAUUUAUUCAGUAUUCUAUUAUUUUGUAUAUUUUUUUUUUCUACAUUAAUGUUGUGUUGUACUAAAAAGUGUCAACUGAAUUGCUGUUAAAAAAAAGGGUGUACUGUUUUUGUAAAUAUAAUUUACUGAUAAGUUGUAAAAAUCAUUUUUUGAAUGUAACUGAAAAGUAGUAAUGGUAAAUUUAGAUAUGUUCCCUUCAAGCUCCCUUCUUUGCUUUUCAGUAUAUAAAUCAAUUGUGAACUUCUUUUACAAGUUUUUAAUUCUAACAUUUUUAUCAUUAUUUGUAAAGAAAAAAAAAAACUGACACUUUUGCAAGUGGAUUCUAACUUAGAACUAAAAGCUUUGCACUUGAAGUUAGCUGCAUUUGUUCCACCUUGAGACAUAUGGAUGCCUUAGGGAAACUCUUCUGGAUAGGUAUUCCAAGUUUCUUAGUAAGCCCUUGUUUUCCCUUUAAGUAUAUUAAAACGACCUGAAGCAAAAAUAAUCUGUUAUUCUACAUUGUGUGUCCCAGACUACAUUACUAAAACGUUGUGCAUUUGAUCUCAAAUAAAAAUAAUGCAAAAUUAGAUUCCACCGGAAGAAUAACUUCCUUGUAUGUAGUUUCUGUAAACUUAAGUUGUUUUUGAACUUUUUGAAGGGAUUCAUGUGGAACUGAUGAACUAACUCUAUGAAUGUUUGUAGAAUUUCAGCAUCACUUUUACUGUUCUGAAUUUUAAAAUAUUUCUUAAUGUAUUGUGUAAAGACAGAGCAAUAAGUUUUAGAAGCCGAUAGCAAUGCAAGGUAAUUAUUGCUCAAAGAGCCAAAAAAAAAAACAUAGAUAAUGAGAAAAAGGAAUAGAAAUUUAUCUGUUACCAUUAGUUUAGGAUUAAAAACUGUUUUAUAGAAAUUACAUUUUUUCAGAGUUUAUACUUUAGAUGUUACUAUUUGACUGUUAAUUUUAUAUGAAAUGUUUAACAACAGUGGCAUGGAAACUUAAUAUAGCAUAUGUGUAUGACAAGGACUUAAGUCCCAUCAUUUGCAGCAAAACAUUAUUUUCAGUUAAAUCUAAAGGGAAAACGUUAAUUCAUCAUUAUACAAAUAGCAUAUCAAUUGUAAUAUAAUGCCUGCCUAUUUAUUGCAAUCAUAAUAAAUCUACCUAUUUUAACUGUACAAUAAGCUCUUUUAUGAAGUUUCUUUAUUAAACAUUUUUAGAGUGAACACUAAUGUAUGUUGCUUUGUAAUUUAGCUGAAUAAAAUACUGUUAAA